GGGCGGGCGGGCGGCGGGAGCAGCAGCCCAGGCCCCGCCCCGGCCGUGGGGACGGACGCGCCGGUCGGCCGAGCGCCGGGGCGGGGCGGGGGGGGGUCGGGCCGGGCCGCGCCGCCGCACCUGCCGCCGCCGGGACAAAGGCGCCCGGCCGGCUGACAUGACAGGUCGCCGCCGCCGCCGCCGCGCCGCGCCCCGCCCCGCCCCGCCCCGCCCCGCCCGGGCCUCGCUCCUGGUUGUCUGUCCGUCCACCACACCCGCGGGAAACUCGUGUGGCCAGUCGGAGGCGCGUAGAUUCGCAGCGUCUUCUCCGGCCGCGCCACAAAGGAUCGAGAAGAAGUUGGAUUCCAUGGGUUCCAAGAGGCGAAGAGCUACCUCCCCGUCCAGUAGCGUCAGUGGGGACUUUGAUGACGGCCACCAUUCUGUGUCUACACCUGGCCCAAGCAGGAAAAGGAGGAGGCUUUCCAACCUUCCGACUGUAGAUCCUAUUGCUGUGUGUCACGAGCUCUAUAACACCAUCCGGGACUACAAGGAUGAUCAGGGCAGGCUCCUCUGUGAGCUCUUCAUCAGGGCACCAAAGCGAAGAAAUCAACCAGACUAUUAUGAAGUGGUUUCUCAGCCUAUUGACUUGAUGAAAAUUCAACAGAAACUAAAGAUGGAAGAGUAUGAUGAUGUCAAUCUGCUGACUGCCGAUUUCCAGCUGCUUUUCAAUAAUGCAAAGGCCUAUUAUAAGCCAGAUUCUCCUGAAUAUAAAGCUGCUUGCAAGCUCUGGGAUUUGUACCUUCGAACCAGAAAUGAGUUUGUCCAGAAAGGAGAAGCAGAUGAAGAUGAGGAUGAUGAAGAUGGGCAAGACAGUCAAGGAGCUGAAGGGUCAUCUCCAAGUUAUUUGAAGGAGAUUCUGGAACAGCUACUCGAAGCCAUCGUUGUGGCCACAAAUCCUUCUGGACAUCUGAUCAGCGAGCUUUUUCAGAAAUUGCCUUCAAAAGUGCAAUAUCCAGACUAUUACGCAAUAAUUAAGGAGCCUAUAGAUCUCAAGACUAUUGCCCAGAGGAUCCAGAGUGGCAGCUACAAGAGUCUUCACGCAAUGGCCAAGGACAUCGACCUCCUAGCGAAGAAUGCCAAGACCUACAAUGAGCCUGGUUCUCAAGUUUUCAAGGAUGCAAAUUCAAUUAAAAAAAUAUUUUAUAUGAAAAAGGCAGAAAUUGAACAUCAUGAGAUGACUAAGUCAAGCCUUCGGAUAAGGACUCCAUCAAAUAUGGCAGCAACCAGGCUGGCAGGUGCUUCACACAGUAAAGGAGGCCUUGAAGAGAGAAACUCCACUAGCAAGUAUUACCGUAAUAAGAGAGCUGUCCAGGGGGGCCGCUUGUCGGCGAUCACCAUGGCACUCCAGUAUGGCUCGGAAAGUGAAGAGGAUGCUGCGUUAGCUGCUGCACGUUAUGAAGAAGGAGAAUCGGAAGCAGAGAGCAUUACUUCAUUUAUGGAUGUUUCAAAUCCUUUUUAUCAGCUUUAUGAUACAGUUAGGAGUUGUCGGAAUAACCAAGGACAGCUAAUAGCUGAACCUUUUUUUCAUUUGCCUUCAAAGAAAAAAUAUCCUGACUACUAUCAACAAAUUAAAAUGCCCAUAUCACUACAACAGAUCAGAACAAAGCUGAAGAAUCAAGAAUAUGAAACUCUAGAUCAUUUGGAGUGUGAUCUGAAUUUAAUGUUCGAAAAUGCCAAGCGGUAUAAUGUUCCCAAUUCAGCCAUCUACAAGCGAGUCCUAAAACUGCAGCAAGUCAUGCAGGCAAAGAAGAAGGAACUUGCCCGAAGAGACGACAUUGAAGAUGGAGACAGCAUGAUUUCUUCUGCAACUUCUGAUGCUGGCAGUGCCAAAAGAAAAAGUAAAAAGAACAUAAGAAAACAGCGAAUGAAAAUCUUAUUCAAUGUUGUUCUUGAAGCUCGAGAACCAGGUUCGGGCAGAAGACUUUGUGAUCUGUUUAUGGUUAAACCUUCCAAAAAAGACUAUCCAGAUUAUUAUAAAAUCAUCUUGGAGCCAAUGGACUUGAAAAUAAUUGAACACAACAUUCGCAAUGACAAAUAUGCAGGGGAGGAGGGAAUGAUGGAAGAUAUGAAGCUGAUGUUCCGGAAUGCGAGGCACUACAAUGAAGAGGGCUCCCAGGUGUACAACGAUGCUCAUAUCUUGGAGAAGCUACUCAAGGAUAAAAGGAAAGAGCUGGGCCCACUGCCUGAUGAUGAUGACAUGGCUUCUCCCAAACUCAAGCUGAGUCGGAAGAGUGGUGUUUCUCCUAAAAAAUCGAAGUACAUGACUCCGAUGCAGCAGAAACUCAACGAGGUCUAUGAAGCUGUAAAGAAUUACACUGAUAAGAGAGGUCGCCGUCUCAGUGCCAUAUUCCUUAGACUGCCCUCCAGGUCGGAGCUGCCUGACUACUACUUGACCAUUAAAAAGCCCAUGGACAUGGAAAAAAUUCGAAGUCACAUGAUGGCAAACAAAUACCAGGAUAUAGACUCCAUGGUCGAGGACUUUGUCAUGAUGUUCAACAACGCCUGUACAUAUAAUGAGCCCGAGUCUUUGAUCUACAAAGACGCCCUUGUCCUACAUAAAGUCCUUCUGGAAACUCGCAGAGACCUAGAGGGAGACGAGGACUCUCACGUCCCGAAUGUGACCUUGCUGAUUCAAGAGCUCAUCCACAAUCUUUUUGUGUCAGUCAUGAGUCACCAGGAUGAUGAGGGGAGAUGCUACAGUGACUCCUUAGCAGAAAUCCCUGCAGUGGAUCCCAGCUUUCCUAAUAAGCCGCCUCUGACUUUUGACUUAAUUAGGAAGAAUGUUGAAAAUAAUCGCUAUCGACGGCUUGAUUUAUUUCAGGAGCAUAUGUUUGAGGUAUUGGAAAGAGCAAGAAGAAUGAACCGGACAGACUCUGAGAUCUAUGAGGAUGCAGUAGAACUUCAGCAGUUCUUUAUUAGGAUUCGCGAUGAACUCUGCAAAAAUGGUGAGAUCCUUCUCUCACCAGCACUUAGCUAUACCACAAAACAUCUGCAUAACGAUGUGGAGAAAGAGAAGAAGGAAAAAUUACCAAAAGAAAUCGAGGAAGAUAAACUAAAACGAGAAGAAGAAAAAAGAGAAGCUGAAAAGAGUGAAGAUGCCUCAGGCGCCGCAAGUCUCACCGGCUUGCACCGGACGUACAGCCAGGACUGCAGCUUUAAGAACAGCAUGUACCACGUUGGAGACUAUGUCUACGUGGAGCCUGCAGAGGCCAACCUGCAGCCUCAUAUAGUCUGUAUUGAGAGGCUGUGGGAAGAUUCUGCUGGAGAAAAAUGGUUAUAUGGCUGUUGGUUUUAUCGACCAAAUGAAACAUUCCAUCUGGCAACACGAAAAUUUCUAGAAAAAGAAGUUUUUAAGAGCGACUAUUAUAAUAAAGUUCCUGUUAGUAAAAUUCUAGGCAAAUGUGUGGUCAUGUUUGUCAAGGAAUACUUUAAAUUAUGCCCAGAAAACUUCAGAGAUGAGGACGUUUUUGUCUGUGAAUCACGAUACUCUGCCAAAACCAAGUCUUUUAAGAAAAUCAAGCUGUGGACCAUGCCCGUCAGCUCGGUCAGGUUUGUGCCUCGGGAUGUGCCCCUGCCAGUUGUCCGCGUGGCCUCUGUGUUUGCAAACGCAGAUAAAGCAGAUGAAGAGAAGAACACAGACAGCUCUGAGGACAGUCGAACAGAAGACACUUGCAACUUGGAAAAGGAGAAAGAAGACGUUCCUGUGGAAAUGUCAAAUGGUGAACCAGGUUGCCACUACUUUGAACAGCUUCGGUACAAUGACAUGUGGCUGAAGGUUGGCGACUGUGUCUUCAUCAAGUCCCAUGGCCUGGUGCGUCCUCGUGUGGGCCGGAUUGAAAAGGUCUGGGUCCGAGAUGGAGCUGCGUAUUUCUACGGGCCCAUCUUUAUUCACCCAGAAGAAACAGAACAUGAGCCCACAAAAAUGUUCUACAAAAAAGAAGUGUUUCUAAGUAAUCUGGAGGAAGCCUGCCCUAUGACAUGUAUUCUGGGAAAGUGUGCUGUGUUGUCAUUCAAGGACUUCCUCUCCUGCAGGCCAACCGAAAUACCAGAAAAUGACAUUCUGCUUUGUGAGAGCCGCUACAAUGAGAGCGACAAGCAGAUGAAGAAAUUCAAGGGGCUGAAGAGGUUUUCCCUGUCUGCUAAAGUGGUAGAUGAUGAGAUCUACUAUUUCAGGAAACCAAUUGUUCCUCAGAAGGAACCCUCGCCUUUGUUGGAGAAGAAGAUCCAAUUACUAGAAGCUAAAUUUGCCGAGCUGGAAGGUGGCGACGAUGAUAUUGAAGAGAUGGGAGAAGAAGACAGUGAGGUCAUUGAGCCUCCUUCUCUCCCUCAGCUUCAGACUCCACUGGCCAGCGAGCUGGACCUCAUGCCCUACACACCCCCACAGUCUACUCCAAAGUCUGCCAAAGGCAGUGCUAAGAAGGAAAGCUCAAAGCGGAAAAUCAACAUGAGUGGCUACAUCCUGUUCAGCAGUGAGAUGCGAGCGGUGAUCAAGGCCCAGCACCCAGACUACUCCUUUGGGGAGCUCAGCCGCUUAGUGGGAACAGAAUGGAGAAACCUCGAGACAGCCAAGAAGGCAGAAUACGAAGAGCGGGCAGCUAAAGUUGCUGAGCAGCAGGAGAGAGAGCGAGCGGCACAGCAACAGCAGCCGAGUGCUUCUCCCCGAGCAGGCGCCCCUGUGGGGGCUCUCAUGGGGGUGGUGCCACCACCAACACCAAUGGGGAUGCUCAAUCAGCAGUUGACACCUGUUGCAGGCAUGAUGGGUGGCUAUCCGCCAGGCCUUCCACCUUUGCAGGGCCCAGUUGAUGGUCUAAUUAGCAUGGGCAGCAUGCAGCCACUCCACCCUGGGGGGCCUCCACCCCACCAUCUUCCACCAGGGAUGCCUGGCCUGUCGGGCAUCCCACCACCGGGUGUGAUAAGCCAAGGAGUGGCCCCUGUGGUGGGGACUCCAGCACCAGGUGGAGGCCCCUAUGGACAGCAGGUGGGAGUUUUGGGGCCUCCGGGGCAGCAGGCACCACCUCCGUAUCCUGGUCCACACCCAGCCGGUCCCCCGGUCAUACAGCAGCCGACAACACCCAUGUUUGUGGCUCCUCCACCGAAGACGCAGCGUCUGCUGCACUCAGAAGCCUACCUGAAAUACAUCGAGGGCCUCAGCGCGGAGUCGAACAGCAUCAGCAAGUGGGACCAGACGCUGUCAGCUCGAAGACGUGACAUCCAUUUGUCAAAAGAACAGGAGAGCCGCCUGCCGUCUCACUGGCUGAAGAGCAAAGGGGCCCACACCACCAUGGCUGACGCCCUCUGGCGCCUCCGGGAUUUGAUGCUCAGAGACACCCUCAACAUUCGCCAGGCGUACAACUUAGAGAACCUCUAGUCACAUCGAUUCCGUCCGUUUAUAGCAGCAAAAGAGUUUGGUGGAACAGUAGCCGUUUUAGUUACUGGGGGUGGGGGGCGGAACACAGGAGGAGGAUUUUUAUCGCAUUUUACUGUACAUCACAAGGCCAUUUUCUAUAAGGACACUUUUAAUAAGCUAUUUCAAUUUGUUUUUGUUAUAUUAAGUUGACUUUAUCAAAUACACAAAGAUUUUUUUGCAUAUGUUUCCUUUGUUUAAAACCAGUUUCAUAAUUGGUUAGAGAUGUAGACUUAGAGAUUUAUCUUUUUACUCAUUGCCAUGGAACUGAAACCAUCAAAGGUUUUGUCUUGGUUUAGGGUUUUUGUUUUGGGUUUUUUUUUUAAUUAAAAAAAAUAUAUGUGUGUGUGUGUGUGUGUGUGUGUGUACACACACACACACACACACACACACAUACACACAGAGUUUACAGAUUAGUUUAUGUUGACAAUGAAAUGUGAAGUUGGUCCUAGUUUACAUCUUAGAGAGGAGAGUGUACUUGUGUCUGUUCCAUGUGCCUGGUGAUUGCACCCACUUUCACAAAGGCGGUUUCUCGCAAGUGAGACACGCAUGCACACCCGCUCCCUUGCGCAGGCUUGCUGCAGAAAUGGGGGAGUCCGUGCUGCGCAGCUUUCUGCAGCUCGUAGCCUCCGGGGUUACCUGAGAGAGAGCAUUUGUGCUGAGUUAAGACAUCUCUGUCUGCUGCUAGUUGUUUUUGUAGAGCAGGUGCACAAUCCUGAGUCAUUCAUUAUAUGUAGUCGUAGCAGGUAAGGUUAAUGGUACUUUGGAUCUGUUUAUAACGAAUUCACAGUUUAUGCCUACCCACGUCAGGCGAUUGAAAGUUUGAAAUCUCUCCCAUUGCGAAACACUAGCAUUGGUCUUGGAGAAAAGCCUCGAGGUGUGCGUGAAAGGGACUCAGUCUUGAGCCUAACUGCUAAGUAUGCUGUGGGGGAGGAAGUCCGCCCCUGGAUAAGGGCUGCGUCAAAAGCAGGACUGUGAACGGGCGGCUUGUCUGCAGAGGCGAAUGUUCUAGUGCUCUUUCUCGCACCACUGUCGGGUGUGGCAUUUUCUUCUGUGUUCAAGGUUGUAACUCAACCGGAAAUUUGACUUGUAAGGUAUUUUCUAAAUUAAGCUUGCGCUUUUGAGUUUCAGGAGGAGUUUUAAUUUAAGUAAAAGCUCACUGGAAAGACCCAUUAUCAGUCCCAAACCCUUGGAUUUGAUGACCCUGUCACUGUCGUACGAUCCUAGAACAAACGUCGGGAGGCAGUGUGUGGUGCCCAGACAAGCUUCUGCAGCAGUCCCCAGCUCUGAUUGUGAAGCCUGCUUUUCCUGUGACGAGCAGGUUGGCUCUGCUAUGCAGCUUCCGCGUCCGUCUGCUUGUAAAUGGAAUGACUUUCGGAGUCUACUUUUUCUUUUAAACUGGUAGGAACCAGUUCCUGGAUAGUUAGUUACCAUUCUUACUAAAUCAUGAGGACAAGAGUGUAGAAUCGAAUAAAGUCUCAUAUCUAAUACUUUACAGAAGGCCCUUGUAACUUAAUUGCCUAUAGUCAACCACUGGAUCUCAAUUUGCAUCAAGUAUUUUAAAUCUGAAUUUAAAAAAAGAAAAUGUAUUGCAGUAGUCUGUUACUACCUUAUCAUUAAACUGAAUCAAAUAACAAAAUCUUCAGUUCCUUGACACUUGGGCCUUUGAAUCAUCAUGGAAUGUAUAAUACAAUCAGAUUAUUUAAUCUCUAGACAUCCUUGAAUUACACCAAAGAACUGAAAUUUAAUCUCGGUUAAGUUAUUUAUUUAUUUCAUUUCAUGUAUCCAUUUUCUUUCUUUUCAAGGUCUAGAUGGGACUUCACUGGGAAGCCUCUUAAAAUUUUGUUCACUGGGCUCCGUGGGGCAUUAGCCAGAGCACUCCUCCUCCAGGCUCUUUCCAGAAUUGCUGUAGGAACCACAGGCUUAGCCAGGGGCUCCCCUCAGGCAGUGCAGAGCCAAGCCAGGGACCACUGGGCAGGCUCUGAUAUAAUUAAAAAAAAAUUUUUUAAAUAAUAAAAACUGUAUUUAUUUUAGAAUCAUGUCUUUCUGUACAUUAACUUGGAGAAUAUUAGCGAAUAUUUAGUAUAUAAAAUUUGAGGUCAGCCAUCCCCCCCCCACCGCCAAAAAAAGUCCUGAUUUAAGAGAAUACAAGUAAACUAACACUUUUCCCAUGAAUUUUAGAAGCUGUAGUAAUAAUGGCUUAGAAAGUAUAAUAGCCUAAAUGUUUUCCAAUUAAAUGUGAGUUCAUGUGGAAAAGAGUUUUAUUUGUGUUUGGGGAGCCCCUGUCAGUUUAAAAUAGCGUCAGCCACGAUUUAAUGGCCUUGAAUUGCUUUGUUUUUGGAGAAAAAAAACAAAACCCUUCUCCUGUGAGGGAGGCUGAGAAGGGAAAGUGCUUUGUGUAAAAUCUCCCAGCUGGUGGUGUUGACUUUUGAGUUUGAACAUUUCUAGACUUGAUUAAACUUGGUUUAUUCUUUUUUCUGUAUCAAAAGAGGUUUAAGUGCUAACUAGUCUUAUGACAUGUAUGUAUCAUAUGUUUGUCCACCUAAAGCUUUUUAAUCCAAAUAAAAAUGGAGUUUGCAAAGUGA